CGCGACUGGUCUGCCCUGCGGGAGAUGCCGGGGGCCACGCAGGAGGGCCUGCUCAAUGCGGUAGCGGCGCUCAAGGAGGACGGGCGGCAGGAGCUGACGCUGCUGGUGCUGGGCAAGGGCGGCGUGGGCAAGAGCAGCACCAUCAACUCCCUGCUCAACGAGCGGGUGGCCAACGUGACGGCGUUCCAGCAGGACGUGGCCAAGCCGGUUGUGUACAGCCGCCACGCAGCGGGCUUCACGCUGCACUGCAUCGACACGCCCUCCAUCCUGGAGCAGGACAAUGUGUCGGACGCGCGGCUGGAGGCCAUUGGCAAGGCGGUGCGUGGGCGGCCGGUGGAUGCGCUGCUCUACCUGGACCGCCUCGACUGCUACAAGGUCGACUCGCUGGACCACAAGGCUGUGGAGGGCAUCACGCGAGUGCUGGGACCCCGCAUCUGGGACAAUGCCGUGCUGGGCCUCACCCGCGCCUCCGAGUCCGCCACCCCAGCGGGGCUGGAGUUCCAGCAGCACGUGGAGCAGCGCGCCGAGGCGCUGCGCAGCGCCGUUGCCAAGGCGGGCGGCAGCGUGGAGGAGAUGGCGGUGGCGCUGAUUGAGAACAGCAGCCGCUGCCCUACCAACGCAGACGGCGAGAAGGUGGUGCCGGGGGAGGUGCCCUGGGUGGUAGACCUGGUGGAGAAGGUGGCCGAGGUGGCGCUGAACGUGGAACCUUUUGAGUACGACCCUCGUGCCGCUGCCAGGGCCUCCAACCCCAACCGCCGCCGCAAGUGGCUUAUCCCACUGGUGCUGGCUGCGCAG